AUGGCAGAAGUCACCAUCACCGGCUGGGACUCUCGCGAUGUACGAUUCCCAACCUCCCUCGACAAGACUGGCUCCGACGCCAUGAACGCAGCAGGCGACUACUCCGCCGCAUACUGCAUCCUGAAGACGGACUCGCCCUUCUCAGGCCACGGCAUGACCUUCACCAUCGGCCGCGGCAACGACAUCGUUUGCAAAGCCAUCGACAAUGUCGCCGACCGCAUCCGAGGCCGCACCCUCUCCUCCCUCGUCGCGAACUGGGGCCAGACGUGGCGCUACCUCGUCUCGGACUCGCAGCUGCGCUGGAUCGGGCCCGAGAAGGGCGUCAUCCACCUCGCGCUCGGCGCCGUCGUCAACGCCAUCUGGGACCUCUGGGCCAAGACGCUGGACAAGCCCGUGUGGCGCAUCGUGGCCGACAUGUCGCCCGAGGAGUUCGUGCGGUGCAUCGACUUUCGCUACAUCACGGAUGCGAUCACGCCCGCGGAGGCGGUGGCCAUGUUGAAGGGGGUCGAGGCCGGCAAGGCGGAGAGGGUGCAGCACGCCUUGGAGAGCAAGGCCGUGCCGGCGUAUACGACGAGUGCGGGCUGGCUUGGCUACGGGGAGGAGAAGAUGAAGGGGCUGCUGGAGGAGACGUUGAGCAAAGGCUACCGGCACUUCAAGCUGAAGGUUGGGACGUCGCUCGAGGCGGAUCGGAAGCGAUUGACUAUUGCGAGGGAGGUGAUCGGCUAUGACACGGGCAACAUCUUGAUGGUGGAUGCGAACCAGGUCUGGUCCGUACCGGAAGCCAUCGAGUACAUGCAGCAGCUGAAGGACUUCAAGCCCUGGUUCAUCGAGGAGCCCACCUCCCCGGACGACAUCCUCGGCCACAAGGCCAUCCGCGACGCGCUGCGCCCGCACGGCAUCGGCGUGGCCACGGGCGAGAUGUGCCAGAACCGGGUGAUCUUCAAGCAGCUCCUCAGCUCGGGCGCCAUCGACGUCUGCCAGAUCGACGCCUGCCGCCUGGGCGGCGUGAACGAGGUCCUCGCCGUCCUGCUCAUGGCCAAGAAGUUCGGCGUCCCCAUCGUGCCCCACUCCGGCGGCGUCGGCCUGCCCGAGUACACGCAGCACCUGAGCACCAUCGACUACGUGUGUGUCAGCGGGAAGCUGAGCGUCUUGGAGUACGUCGAUCAUCUGCAUGAGCAUUUCAAGAACCCCUCCGUUAUCAAAGGUGGCUACUAUCAGACCCCCAUGGAGCCCGGGUACAGCGUGGAGAUGAAGCCCGAGAGCAUGGAGCGCUUCAGCUUCCCCGGCGGUCCGUCGGGAUGGUGGCAGAGUGAUGAGGCGAAGCCGAUCUUGGAGGGUGUCAAGAUCUAG